AUAUAUUUUAGCAUUAAAAUAAUUUGAUUAAAUUUAUCUUAUUAAAAUUUUUUAAGAUUAUAUUUUGUUAUACUACAAUAAAAUACACAUUGAGAGUAAUUUAAACAAAGAAAAAGUUUAGUGAGUUCCCGAAACUCCUCAACAAGAGCCUAAGCCCUGGCUUUGGCCUGUUUUCUGAGAGCAAGCGAAGAUGUUACGAAGGAAGCCCAGCAAGAUUGAGGUCCAAAUGGAGGACAAAGCAGAACUCGAAAAGGCCCCUAAGACAGCCGCCGCCGCCGCCGGUUGCACGUCGUCUUCAACCGCAGCAGGUGCCACCUCUCUCCUCGAGCACUUCGAUCGGCCGGCGGUCGACCACCCUUCCAAAUCCCAGCGCAUCGGUCUCACAUCCUGAUUGCGUUGCACUAUGGAUGACGGAGAUGUUAUUGCCUAAUUCAAUACCUGGAGACGGUCGCUAAGGAUCAUCCUCUUCCAGAUCCCUUCUAGAUCUGAGCUUUCAUGGAGAAAAAAUGUCGCCUUUGUAAGUUAAUUUGAACAAUGUUUAUCGGAUUAUAUUGCAGCUUUUGAUUUUCACCUAUCAUGUUAAAAAUUUUGAAUCUGAUCUUGUAUUCCUGUCCAGUGUUCAUGUUCAGAACUCUGAAUUUGAUCUUGUUAGAACUGAGUGCUUAUGAUCUCUGCCUAA